AGCAAGGAGACGGUGCUGAGCUCCUGGAUGGCCAAGUUUGAUGCCAUUUACCGCGGGGAGGAGGACCCCAGGAAGCAGCAGGCCCGGAUGACAGCCAGCGCCGCUUCUGAGCUGAUUCUGAGCAAAGAGCAACUCUACGAGAUGUUCCAGAACAUUCUUGGGAUCAAGAAGUUCGAGCAUCAGCUCCUGUACAAUGCCUGCCAGCUGGACAAUCCGGAUGAGCAGGCGGCCCAGAUCAGACGCGAGCUGGAUGGACGUCUCCAAAUGGCAGACCAAAUAGCCAGGGAACGCAAAUUUCCCAAGUUUGUAUCCAAAGAAAUGGAAAACAUGUACAUUGAGGAGCUGAAGUCGUCCGUCAACCUGCUCAUGGCCAAUCUGGAGAGCAUGCCGGUGUCCAAAGGCGGCGAGUUCAAGCUGCAGAAACUCAAACGCAGCCACAACGCUUCCAUCAUCGACAUGGGCGAGGAGAGCGAGAACCAGCUCUCCAAGUCAGACGUCGUGCUGUCCUUCUCCUUGGAGGUGGUGAUCAUGGAAGUCCAAGGCCUCAAAUCGUUAGCCCCAAACCGCAUCGUAUAUUGCACAAUGGAGGUGGAAGGAGGAGAGAAACUGCAGACUGACCAGGCCGAGGCUUCUAAACCAACCUGGGGCACCCAGGGUGACUUCUCCACGACCCACGCACUGCCUGCUGUGAAGGUGAAGCUGUUCACAGAGAGCACAGGAGUCCUGGCCUUGGAGGACAAGGAGCUUGGACGGGUUAUUCUCCACCCCACCCCAAACAGCCCCAAGCAGUCCGAGUGGCACAAAAUGACCGUCUCGAAAAACUGCCCUGAUCAAGACCUCAAAAUCAAACUUGCCGUCCGAAUGGAUAAGCCUCAAAACAUGAAGCAUUCUGGGUAUUUAUGGGCCAUCGGUAAGAAUGUCUGGAAGAGAUGGAAGAAGAGAUUUUUUGUACUGGUGCAGGUGAGUCAGUACACGUUUGCCAUGUGCAGUUACCGAGAGAAAAAAGCCGAACCUCAGGAACUCCUCCAACUGGACGGCUACACUGUGGACUACACCGACCCCCAGCCAGGUCUGGAGGGUGGCCGAGCCUUCUUCAAUGCAGUCAAAGAAGGAGACACCGUGAUAUUUGCAAGCGAUGACGAGCAAGAUCGCAUCCUGUGGGUCCAAGCCAUGUACCGGGCCACCGGGCAGUCCCACAAGCCUGUGCCCCCAACCCAAGUCCAGAAACUCAACGCCAAGGGAGGGAACGUGCCUCAGCUGGACGCCCCCAUCUCCCAAUUUUCUGGACUGAAGGACGCAGAUAGAGCUCAAAAACAUGGCAUGGAUGAAUUUAUCUCUUCCAACCCCUGUAACUUUGACCACGCUUCCCUCUUUGAGAUGGUGCAACGUCUUACUUUGGACCACAGACUUAAUGAUUCCUAUUCUUGCCUGGGCUGGUUCAGUCCAGGCCAGGUGUUUGUACUAGACGAGUAUUGCGCCCGAAAUGGAGUCCGAGGGUGUCACCGCCAUCUCUGCUACCUCAGAGACUUGCUUGAACGGGCGGAAAAUGGCGCCAUGAUCGACCCCACCCUCCUUCACUACAGCUUUGCUUUCUGUGCGUCCCAUGUCCACGGGAACAGUCAACAAAUGCAUGUGUACCUUAGUGGGCUGCCACCAAAUACAGACCCCGAAGGGAGCCAAACUCCCUCCCCAUCUGAACCAGAGGCUAAAAAAGAUACCAAAAAGGAAUCCAAAAAAAGAAAAAAUCCCAAAACCCAGGCAAAUCCAGAGCCCAAGAGGCCUGAUGGGAUUGGAACUGUGACUGUUGAGGAAAAGGAACGUUUUGAAGAAAUCAAAGAGAGACUCCGCAUCCUGCUGGAAAAUCAGAUAACACAUUUUAGGUAUUGCUUUCCGUUUGGUCGACCUGAAGGUGCUUUGAAAGCUACUCUCUCACUCUUGGAAAGGGUUUUGAUGAAAGAUAUUGUAACCCCAGUGCCACAAGAGGAGGUAAAGACAGUCAUCCGUAAAUGCUUAGAGCAGGCUGCUUUAGUCAACUAUUCUCGGCUAUCCGAGUAUGCCAAAAUCGAAGGGAAAAAGAGAGAAAUGUAUGAGCAUCCUGUCUUCUGCUUGGCCUCCCAAGUGAUGGAUUUAACCAUUCAGAAUCAGAAGGACGCAGAAAAUGUAGGCCGGUUAAUCACUCCUGCCAAAAAGCUGGAAGACACAAUACGUCUUGCUGAACUAGUCAUUGAAGUUCUCCAACAGAACGAGGAACACCACGCGGAGCCACCUGUUGAUAAAGGAGAAGCCUUCGCGUGGUGGUCAGACUUGAUGGUGGAGCACGCCGAGAUGUUCCUCUCGCUCUUUGCCGUGGACAUGGACGCCGCGUUAGAGGUGCAGCCCCCAGACACGUGGGACAGUUUUCCACUGUUUCAGCUCCUGAAUGACUUUCUCCGUACCAAUUAUAAUCUGUGCAAUGGAAAAUUUCACAAACACCUGCAAGACCUGUUUGCCCCACUUGUGGUUAGAUAUGUGGAUUUGAUGGAGUCCUCCAUAGCACAAUCCAUUCACAGGGGCUUUGAGCGGGAGUCAUGGGAACCAGUCAAGAGUUUAACCAGUAAUCUACCCAAUGUGAACCUACCCAAUGUGAACCUUCCCAAAGUACCAAAUCUACCAGUUAACAUCCCUCUAGGCAUCCCACAAAUGCCUACUUUUUCGGCACCGUCAUGGAUGGCUGCUAUAUAUGAUGCUGAUAACGGAUCAGGGACUUCAGAAGAUCUGUUCUGGAAACUCGAUGCCCUUCAGACCUUCAUUCGGGACUUGCACUGGCCCGAGGAAGAGUUUGGGAAGCACCUGGAGCAGCGGCUGAAGCUGAUGGCGAGUGACAUGAUUGAAUCUUGUGUCAAAAGAACCAGGAUUGCAUUUGAAGUUAAGCUGCAAAAAACCAGUCGAUCAACAGAUUUUCGAGUCCCACAGUCAAUAUGCACCAUGUUUAAUGUUAUGGUUGAUGCCAAAGCUCAAUCAACAAAACUUUGCAGCAUGGAAAUGGGCCAAGAGCAUCAGUACCAUUCAAAAAUAGACGAACUAAUUGAAGAAACUGUUAAAGAAAUGAUAACACUCCUGGUUGCAAAGUUCGUGACAAUCUUGGAAGGAGUGCUGGCAAAAUUAUCCAGAUAUGACGAGGGAACUUUGUUUUCUUCCUUUCUGUCGUUUACCGUGAAGGCAGCUUCCAAGUAUGUGGAUGUACCUAAACCCGGGAUGGACGUGGCCGAUGCCUAUGUGACUUUCGUCCGCCACUCUCAGGAUGUCCUUCGUGAUAAGGUCAAUGAGGAGAUGUAUAUAGAAAGGUUAUUUGAUCAAUGGUACAACAGCUCCAUGAACGUGAUCUGUACCUGGUUGACGGACCGGAUGGACUUACAGCUUCACAUUUAUCAGUUGAAAACACUAAUUAGGAUGGUAAAGAAAACCUAUAGGGAUUUCCGGUUGCAAGGGGUCCUGGACUCCACCUUGAACAGCAAGACCUACGAGACCAUCCGGAACCGGCUCACUGUGGAGGAGGCCACGGCGUCCGUGAGCGAGGGUGGGGGCCUGCAGGGGAUCAGCAUGAAGGACAGCGACGAGGAGGACGAAGAGGACGACUAGAGCGCUCGGGCCCGGAGUCCCCUGGGGCAGAGUCCUGUAACCAAUGCAUGUCCUUAGUCUGUUAGUUAACCCCCUUAGGGAAUUUUCUGUCAACGACCAUGCCCAUGAGAUGUGUCCGGAUAACAAUUGCCGUUUUAGCUACGUGGUCCCCAGAUCAGCAAACGACCUACAACUCCACGAUUUCCUGACUCCAUGUCUCUCUGUUUACAAGCAAUAGGGAGCACCAUUCUUUAAAUACCAUUUAUGGAGACUACAUAGCUCAGUUGCCAGGUGUAUCCCUGUUAUCAGCAAAGUUCAAUGAUGCUUCAUUAAUGUGCUGUGUGUGCGUUGAUGGUAGGUGGAUGUGAGGGCAAAUAAACCUAGUACUUUCUUUGUGUCCCGUCCGUGGGUGCCAGUGAUGUAAAUGAGUACAAUAAACUAAUUUAACUAAGACACGUAGAUCUGCUCGGUUUUUCGAAAACCAAAAGGCAAAGGCUCCAACCACCAACUUUUGGCUCUAUCUGUUCCCGGAGCACGGCAAAAUGAACCCCCACCUGGUGUCCUUGUUAACCCAUCCUUUUAUUUAUCCAGAUAGUUAGCCGAAAAAGGAUGGCUACAUCCCAAUGGAAUGAUCGUCCAAAUUGCCACGGCAAGGGCGAGCCUAUACUUAAUCACAUCGAGUGCAGUUCAGAGCAAUGGUCUUCUAGCAGAGUUUAUCCUAUUAAAUGUUACGUUUUGCUCUUCUGUUUCGAUAACCGUGGAUGUAAAAACAAACAAACAAACAAAAAACCCUGAAUAUUUAAAUGAUGACCCUAGACUAUAAAUGUGUUUAUAAUAAGAUAUGGAUAUUUCCUUCAGUAGAUUGUAACCAGACUUUAUUUUGUUCCACACUGUUUUUUAUAUCUGUCAUGUACAUUGCAUUUUGAUCUGUAACUGCAUGACCCCAGGGUCCUCUGCAGAGCUGUUUCUUUCUGUGUAAAGUAGUGGCUCCAUCUUGCUUUUGCCUUAUAUAAAGCCUACAGUUAUGAAAGUGUGGGAAACUGUGGCUUCUCGAAUAAAUAACUCUUCACAUGUCCUA